CCAUAUUUAGGUUUCACGUAAAAAUGAAUUACGCUAUUUUCUUCUUCUUUGUCGCCAUUUUGUCAAAUGCAUCGGGUAUGGACGAUGAUAUGCGAGAGUUGAUUAACAAUCUUCACAAUACCUGCGUUGGUGAAGUUGGAGUAGAUGAAGCCUUGAUUACAAAAGCACAAAAUGGGGAUUUUGCCGAAGAUGAGAAGCUGAUGUGUUAUUCGAAAUGUCUCUUGGAUCAAAUGGCUAUAGUUGAUGAAAAUGGAAUUGUAGAUCCAGAAGCAGCAGUUGCUGUUUUGCCAGCUGAUAUGCAAGCCGAAGCAGGUCCUGCUGUGAGGAAAUGUUCAAAACUAAGAGGUUCGAGUCCUUGCAGUAACGUUUUUGAGGUGAUGAAAUGCUGGUAUACAGAAUCACCCACGACCUACUUCUUGCCUUGA